AAACAAAAAAACAAUUCUCAGCCUGAAAACACCAUUUUUGCUCCUUAAAAAAACAUCAUCAAGAACAACACCAAACAUCGUGGUGGCCAAUGGGCGUGGACAUGUCCAACAACAAACCACCUCACACCAAAGACUUGUUUUCCUCUCCAGCUCUCUCUCUUAGCCUAGCUGGGAUUUUCCGGCAUGGUGCGGAGGCGCCAGAGACGUCGAGCAUGGAGGUGGUCGGCGAUGAGGUCCGGCGAGAGGACACUGUUGAGAUUAGUAGCGACAACUCAGGACCCGUGAGAUCGAGGUCCGAUGAAGAUUUCGAUGGUGAAGGUGGUCACGAACAUGAUGAUGAUGAUGGAGAUGCUGAUAAGAACCCGAAGAAGAGGAGAAAGUAUCACAGACACACUGCUGAACAAAUAAGAGAAAUGGAAGCGCUUUUCAAGGAAUCACCGCAUCCUGAUGAAAAGCAGAGACAACAACUCAGCAAGCAACUUGGCCUUGCUCCAAGGCAAGUAAAGUUUUGGUUCCAAAAUCGUAGAACCCAAAUCAAGGCAAUACAAGAGCGCCAUGAAAAUUCAUUGUUGAAGACCGAAUUAGAGAAAUUACGCGAGGAAAAUAAGGCCAUGCGAGAGACCAUAAACAAAUCUUGUUGCCCCAAUUGUGGUAUGGGAACAGCUAGCCUAGAUGGCUUCAUGUCCUCCACUGAAGAGAAACAACUUCGUUUUGAAAAUGCCAAACUCAAAGCUGAGGUAGAGAAGCUCCGAGCAGUUGUAGGAAAAAGUUCACCAGGGACAACGUCUCCUUCAUGUUCUGCUGGCCAUAAUGAGGAAGAGAAUAGAAACUCUUUGUGUUUUUACAAAGGAAUUUUCGGGCUUGAGAAGUCAAGGAUAAUGGAUAUAGUGAACCAAGCAACGGAGGAGCUCGUAAAGAUGGCAAAUAUGGGUGAACCAUUAUGGCUUCGUAGCGUUGAGACAGGUCGUGAAAUACUUAACUAUGAUGAAUAUGUGAAGCAAUUCGCAGUUGAAAAUUCAUGCAGUGAAAGGCCAAAGACAUUCAUCGAAGCUUCUAGAGAGGUGGGGGUUGUAUUUGUGGAUCUCUCACGGCUUGUCCAAAGUUUUCUAGACGUGAAUCAAUGGAAGGAAAUGUUUCCGUGCUUAAUAUCAAAAGCAGCAACUGUUGAUGUCAUAUGCAGGGGAGAAGGUUCUAACAGGAAUGGUGCAGUGCAAUUGAUGUUUGCUGAGCUGCAAAUGCUCACUCCAAUGGUGCCCAGUAGAGAAGUGUAUUUUGUGAGGUGCUGCAAACAGUUAAGUGCUGAACAGUGGGCAAUUGUUGAUGUAUCCAUAGACAAAGUAGAAGACAACAUUGACGCAUCCCUUGUCAAAUGCAGAAAACGCCCAUCUGGUUGUAUUAUUGAGGAUAAGUCAAAUGGCCAUUGCAAGGUGAUAUGGGUGGAGCACUUGGAAUGCCAGAAGAUCACAGUUCAUACAAUGUAUCGAGCCAUUGUUAAUAGUGGUCUAGCUUUUGGUGCAAGGCACUGGAUUGCAACACUGCAACUCCAAUGUGAACGUUUAGUUUUCUACAUGGCCACAAAUGUUCCCAUGAAGGAUUCAACUGGUGUUGCUACAUUGGCUGGGAGGAAAAGCAUUUUGAAGUUGGCACAGAGAAUGGCAUGCAGUUUCUGUCAUGCAGUUGGUGCAUCAAGCUUCCAUACAUGGACGAAGGUCACAAGUAAAACUGGAGAAGACAUAAGGAUUAGUUCUAGGAAGAACUUGAAUGACCCUGGUGAACCUCUUGGGGUUAUCUUGUCAGCAGUUUCUUCUAUAUGGCUUCCUGUCUCUCCUAAUGUCCUGUUUGAUUUCUUGAGAGAUGAAGCUCGUAGAAGUGAGUGGGAUAUCAUGGCCAGUGGUGCGUCAGUGCAGUCCAUUGCAAAUUUAGCUAAAGGAAAAGACCGAGGCAAUUUUGUAAAUAUCCAUAAAAUACAAUCAAAAGAAAACAGUACAUGGAUAUUGCAAGAUAGCUGCACAAGUGCUUAUGAGUCAAUGGUGGUGUAUGCUCCUGUGGACUUAGCUGGUAUUCAAUCUGUACUAACAGGAUGUGAUUCAAGUAAUCUUGCUGUGUUGCCCUCAGGAUUCUCAAUUCUUCCUGAUGGACUAGGGGCAAGGCCAUUUGUGAUUACUUCAAGGCAAGAAGAAAAACACACAGAAGGAGGGUCUUUGUUUACAAUGACAUUCCAGAUCCUUGCCAAUGCUUCUCCAACGGCCAAGUUAACAUUGGAGUCUGUGGAAUCGGUUAAUAAUCUUGUGUCUUGUACAUUAAGAAAUAUUAGAACAAGUUUGCAAUGUGAAGAUGGUUAGUCAAGAUAAAAGAUUAUUAGAUAGAUAGGCUUUGAUUUGCUGCAAUAGUUAUAGGCUUUGCAGCCUUUUACAGUUAGGAUGAAUUUCUUGUUCCU